UUCCCCCCGCCCUCCGCCGCGCGCUGGGCAGCCGGGCCGGGCCCCCGCCGGGCUCGGGAGGGGACGAGGCCUGUCCUGGGUCCCGGCGGCGGCAAGUCUCGGCCAAGCGGGAGCCGGACGUUUCCCCUCACACGCUCACCUUCCCCAGGCGCUGCGGGCCCCGAGCCCGCCGCUCCGCCACGGUGCCUGUCGCGUCAAGUCGCGACAGUCGGAGCUCCCGAUCCCGAGCGCCGCUUCUCCCCUCAGAAGGAGCUCAUGUCAAAGAAAAGAGAUGAGUUUGAAGAUAUCUUGGAGGAAAGGCGAUUGUCCAGCGACUUGAGAUACGCAAUGAAAUGUUACACUCCUGUGAUCUACAAGGGACUUUCACCUUGCAAGCCAAAUGCUAUUAAAAAUGCUGUUCUCCAGUCAGAGCAAGUUCAAUAUGUUAUCAAGCAGUUAGCAAGAGAGAUGGGAGAAUCACCCGAUAUUAUUCAAGAAGAAGCCAUGGAAAUCUUGGAUGAGAUGGGCCACAGUAUGCAAUUAGGAGCUGUCAGUUUUUUUGCGUUUACGUUGAGCAAAAUAUUUAAACAGCUUUUCCAGAGAGUUUGUGUGAAUGAAGAAGGAAUGCAGAGAUUGCAACACGCCAUUCAGGAGCAUCCAGUUGUUCUACUGCCCAGUCACCGAAGCUAUGUAGACUUUUUGAUGCUGUCUUAUUUGCUAUAUACGUAUGACUUGGUGUUGCCUGUCAUUGCUGCAGGAAUAGGCAAGUAUGUUCUUUUAACAAUGUUUUCAGGAUUCAGAGAAUCAGCAAGGAGUCAAGGAGCUGCUACUAUAAGCAGUUGUGUUUAACUUCUGUUCCAAAUAUGUCCUGUUAAUACCUCCCGGGGUGAGAUGCUUACAGCAUCUGAAAGCUUCUCAUCGGUGCUGAGUCCAAUCAAAGGUGAAUUUUUUCAUAGCAAGUUUGCCCACAAGUACCCCAUCUGUAGACCCAAGGCUGGGGCAAAGAUAGCUGUUGUGAAAAAGAUUUCUAUAUUGCUGUUUUUGGCCUGGGAACAGGCAAAAAUGUGCCCAGAAGCUACUGUGUAUGCGGAACCUUUUGUGAUACUUCAUACUGUUUUAAGUGCAGUCGUAGCCAGAUACAAAGUGCCAGCCACCUCGUGCUUGUUGCUGAUGCAACUGAUUCCCUUGGAUGAUUGUGUUAUAAAUUGAGACCACAAUGGAUCAUAAUCCAAUUAUAAUUUUAUUAAUUAUAGCAAGUAGAAUAUGAGCAAAG